GCUUGUUCAUAUGAAAAAGGAACUCUCUCUCUCUAAAGAGAAUCCCUCCACUGUCCUGAUUUAUGUGCAUUUCUCUCUUGUUAACAGAGUGACAAGAUCAUCAAGUAGUAAUCUUGAAGUAAACAAAGAUUUUUGAGAUAACCUUUUAUUAAGUGUUUGUCUGAUGAUGAAGAGAUUAAGGAGUUCAGAUCCAGUGGGUGGUCUGAUCUCUUUAUGUCCUACGUCUUCUACAGAUGAGCAGAGUCCAAGAAGAUACGGGAGAGAAUUUCAGUCGAUGCUUGAAGGUUACGAGGAGGAGGAUGAAGAAGCGAUAAUUGAGGAAAGAGACCAAACCGGUUUAGCUGAGAAAAAAAGACGGUUAAGCAUUAACCAAGUCAAAGCCUUGGAGAAGAACUUCGAGUUAGAGAACAAGCUUGAGCCUGAGAGGAAAGUGAAGUUAGCUCAAGAACUUGGUCUUCAACCUCGUCAAGUGGCUGUUUGGUUCCAGAACCGCCGUGCACGGUGGAAGACAAAACAGCUGGAGAAAGAUUACGGUGUUCUUAAAACUCAGUACGAUUCUCUCCGCCAUAACUUCGAUUCCCUCCGCCGUGACAAUGAAUCUCUUCUUCAAGAGAUUAGUAAACUGAAGUCUAAGCUUAACGGAGAAGAAGAAGAAGAGGAGGAGGAGGAGGAAGAGAACAACGCCGUGAAGGAGGAAGAAGUUUCGUUGCCGGAAAAUAUAACAGAACCGCCGUCGUCUCCUCCGCAGCUUCUAGAACAUUCGGAUAGUUUCAAUUACCGGAGUUUUACCGAUCUCCGGGAACUUCUUCCACUAAAGGCUUCCUUCGCCGCCGCCGCUGGAUCGUCGGACAGCAGCGAUUCGAGCGCCGUGAUGAACGAGGAAAGCAGCUCUAACGUCACGGUGGCUCCGACGACGGUUCCGGGCGGUGGUUUCUUCCAGUUUGUGAAAACGGAGCAGACGGAGGAUCACGACGACUUUCUGAGUGGAGAAGAAGCUUGCGGUUUUUUCUCCGAUGAGCAACCGCCGUCUCUGCACUGGUACUCCGCCGUUGAUCACUGGGCUUGAAGCUUUAAACGCCGGAAGAGGUUUUUGGAUUGGAUUAAAUUGUUCUCUUUUUUUCUAUGUGGGUUCGGAGGAGAAGAUGGAAAAAGGAGGGGGCACAGUGGGAAUAACGAGAAAGUGGAAGGGUGAAUGGGAAAAUAAGGAAGGUUAGGUCUGGGCGGGAAAUAAUUGAUUAGGGUGAAUUUGUGAUUAUGUUUUCUCUGCCGUUUCGUGCACUUCUUGUAAUUAAGGAUUAUGAGGAUUGAGAAAGGGGAAAAGUUAAAAGGAGUAAAAUUGAGCA